ACCCCAUAAGCCCUAACUAAAACCCUGAAGAGAGAGAGCGUUGUUGCGCUUACAGAACAAUGGAAACAGAUAGGAAGGAUGGGCGAACAGCGAACCAAUUGAGACCGUUGGCUUGCACUCGUAACGUUCUUAAUCGGGCUCAUGGCUCUGCCAGUUGGUCUCAAGGGGAGACAAAAGUUCUUGCCGCUGUUUAUGGACCAAAGGCUGGAACAAAGAAGAACGAGAACCCGGAAAAGGCCUGCUUUGAAGUCAUUUGGAAGCCAAAAACGGGGCAGAUUGGUAAAGCGGAGAAGGAGUAUGAGAUGAUUUUGAAGAGGACUGUGCAAAGCAUUUGUGUUUUGAAUGUUCAUCCAAAUACCACCACGUCAAUUAUCAUUCAGGUUGUCAACGAUGAUGGAGCUCUUCUUCCAUGUGCCAUAAAUGCAGUAUGUGCUGCCCUUGUGGAUGCUGGGAUUCCUUUGAAGCACCUUGCUGUUGCAAUAUGUUGUAGUCUAGCAGAGAGUGGACAUAUUCUACUGGACCCUAGCAAGCUAGAAGAGCAGAAAAUGAAGGCGUUUGUAUAUCUAGUUUUUCCUAACUCGACAUUAUCUGUGCUUCCUGAAGAAUCAUUGAAAGUGAGAGGUGAACCCAUGGAACAUGGACUUAUAACAUCUUUUACACACGGUGUAAUGUCAGUUGAUGACUACAUUCGCUGUUUGGAGCGAGGACGUGCUGCCACUGGAAAGUUGUCCGAUUUUCUCCGGAGAAGCUUGCAAUCACAAGUCCAAAGUGACUCAUCCAAGUUGGGUUAAGUUUGCAAGUCCUAUGAUUCCUUCUUGUUGGGUAUUCCCUGCCAAAAUUUUAAUAUGGAAGAUGUCCUCGCCGUUGUAAAUUGAUGAUUUUGGCUAUUAAUCAAAUGGCUCCGGUGUGGAAUGUCAUUUUAGCAUAUUCCCCAGUUACAUUGCAAUGACAACAUCCGGGGAAAAUGUAUGAGACAAUGAUGUUGAUUUUGAAAAAGAAUUUCAAUCUGCCCCUGCAUUUAUUCA